CCCUUCUCAAUUCAGUUUACACUACCGACUCGGAUACAAGAAAAUCAUGCCGGGACCACAGAAAAAGCCAAAGGUUGCGAAGGGAAGCCUCCGUAUCCCUAAUUUUCGCAUCCCAAAGAGUUCGGUGGAGUUAAGGUGCCUCCUUGCCCGGGCAAAUCUACAAUCCACAACGAUUCAUGACAUAGAACCUGGCUAUCUAGGAUCCGGGUCAGGUGUCAAUGAAAGGCAAUAUGCCCUUUUUCUCUCGUUCUCUCCAAUGACCAAGAGCCGCCAUCGGCUGGUGAAAGAACUGAAGGAUUUCGGACUAGAGAAACAUUGGGAAUCAGCACGGGAAAUUGUCGAGCAAUCCUCUGAGUUCAGUAGAUAUUUGGCUAUCCUGAAAGGCGUCCAAACAGUAACAGGAAUGAGACCGUCCAGUGAUGCCUGGCCCGGCGCCUUCAAGCCGACGCGUGACAUGCAGGAACAAGUGGUACAGGUAAAGGGAGUUUCGACUCUGCGCGAGAGCAAGCGCAGAGCGAAGCCAGGAAGUCCAGGUCCACCGACGAGAUCCACAGCGAGGAGAACGAUUGGACGAAGACUGGGACGAAUAAUAGUCGAUUCCUUUAAGCCCGGCCACGACCAUAGUGAGUCGGAACUAGAUGCGAUCUCUGGGCCAGCUUCGGGUGAUACUGAUGCGGCCUCUACCUCAAGCGGAGAUGAUGGCGACCCGACAUUCAUCGCCGAUAACGACCUACCAGAUGCUGAUGAUGAAGCCAGCGUGAAUACCGCCCUUAUACUACUACUAAAAGAGCUCUCACAGUUAAUCGCUAAUGUCAAAAAUGAGUGGACGGUCGAUCACCUAAGCUUUUCGCCCAAGUUUGGGAAAGCAGGGUACAUCACGAUCACAGACGGUGGCUUACGGUCGAAGGCCACGCAAGCCGUCCUCUACAUCGUAGAAGCAAAGAAACGAAUAAUCAUGCAGGAAACCGCGGAGAUAGUAGGAUGGCUUCAGCAAGGUGUCUCAUCGCUCCUGAUCUCAACGGCCAUUAAAACCCCGGGGACGCACCUCCAAAUGAGGACAUAUGGCCCAUGGAACAUGCUCAGGCCUAAGGAUAUAAAAGAUUUCGCCACUCUAAUUGUUGAUAUGAUGCUCUUGGCAGAGGAAGCUGUAUAG